AUGAAGGACCAGAAAAGUGCGCCUGAGAGUGGAGUGAAGCCGGCGAGUGCGGCGGACGCUGCAGCCGAUCUCCGACUCAUACCUGAGUUCGACGGAGCGACUCAGCCUGUCACAGAGUGGCUGGAGAAGGUGGAGCUGGUGUGCCGUCUACGUGGCAUCGAAGCGCUGCACGUCGUCGUUCCCCUCCGCCUAACUGGCGGGGCGUUCGCUGUCUAUCAGCAGCUGGACGAGCAGGACAAGGCUGGCUACGAGACCAUCAAAAAAGGCCUGAUUUCGGCUUUCGCAGAGGAUAAGUUUGACGCCUAUGACCGGUUUGAGAAGAUGAAGCUCCGUCGAGGCGAGCCGGUGGAUGUUUUCGUCGCAGAGCUGCGUCGCCUGUCCAGCCUGUUUGGCGGUAUGUCAGACAGCGGCCUAGCCUGCGCGUUCGUGGCAAAACUGCCGGAGACCACCCGCCGUGUGCUUCGUGCAGGAAGCCGCGUCGAAAGCAUGACGCUGAGCGAGCUAAUCAGCCGGGCCCGAGCUGUGCUCGCCGAUGAAGAAGAGACUGCCAUGGCAGCAGCGACGGGAGCAGCAGCGACGGGAGCAGCAGCGCGGACGUCGGCGGCGCCACCCCUCGUGACCUGUCACUCAUGCGGACAGCCCAACCACCUGUCGCGGGAUUGUCUCGCUGCUCGCGGUCAGCGGGAGCGCGGCGGGGCCCGCGGCGGUCGGCGCAGUGUGCACUGCUUCCGCUGCAACCGGCCCGGUCAUAUCGCCUCGUCCUGUCCGGAAAACGACGGUGGAGAGGAGGGCUCGGCGCCAGCCUCCUCUCCCGGUCUCCAGUGA